AGAUGAUGAUCUGAAGGUGUUGCACAGAAAGUUGCCCCCAACAUGGGAGGUGCAGCGGAUACGAGUGGAUUGCGGUAGUCGGCGAAAGAUUAUUUGAACACAACCCGAUGUAUUAUACGGUGCCGUUUUGAUCCGAUUUCAAUCUAAAGACUGUAAAUAGACUCCUUUCAACUUCCCUGUCGAAAAUCAUCCAGAACAGACAACAGUUUAAGCCACGGCGGAGCAAGUUGAGUGUCUAUUUUUGUCUCCUGUCUUAAAAGCACAGUGUGUCAGUUCGUAUGAAGCUUUUAUUUCCAUAAAGACUUGAAUAAUGUCAACGACAUCGCUGGAUAAAGAGCUACAGGAGCGUCUGAGAGAGGCCAGUGCCAUCGGAGACAUCGAGGAGGUGAAGACUUUAGUGGAGAGCGGAGUCAACAUCAACUCUCAGAAUGAGAUUAACGGAUGGACGUGUUUGCAUUGGGCCUGUAAAAGAAACCACAAACACGUAGUGGCCUAUCUGUUGAACGCCGGAGCCGACAAAGACAUUCUAACAGCGAAAGAAGAGUUAGCCGUUCAACUCACUUCCAAACCUGAAAUCAGAAGACUGCUUGGAGUGGAAGAGGAAGACGUGCCUGAGGUGAAGGAACCAGAGCUGCCAAUCAUUCCGAACUAUCUUUCCAACCCGCCCUUCCUGUACAGCAAGAUGGAUAACGACAACCUGAGCAUAGCACAGCGGAACGGCACCAACAAUCAUCCGGAGCCCCUGGAGUCAGAGCCAGCGACUUUAUCGCCGACACAAGAGCAGCAGCUUCCGCCUCAGCAUCAGCAGCCCAAGAGCCUUUACUCAGACAGCCAGAGCCAGCAGGAGUUACCCUACAUCCCCGUGCUGGAGCAGAACGGCGUGGUGAACGGCGGCCUGCCCAUGGAGCUCUCCUCAGAGACUCAUCACACCAACCACUGCGAGUUUACACACCCUCAUCCUAUAGCACAGAACGGCCCAGUGUGUCCCACGCUUCCUUCUCCCAGCGGAAGCAGCGGCCAGCCGCAGGUCCCCAGCGCCAGCGUCACCCGGCAGCAGUCCAUCCCGCAGCAGAUCAACUGCUCCCAGCUCGGUGGAUCCAUGCCGGCCUUCCAGCCCUUCUUUUUCACCAGCACUUUUCCUGUUAACGUACAAGGUACAGUGAGGAUUUGUUAGGAAACUUGUUGGUCAGUGAACUGAAGAGUAUCUAAAGGCCCUUCCUUUCAUAUGAUUCGAUGCACCUCUGCUUUGAGCUCCACAUAAUGAUUUUAUGAGGUUGCUAGUAGGGUUGGGCCGAUAGACGAUGCCAUCGUCCAUCGCCGAUGGCUGACAGACAUCACGAUGUUGAGCCGGCAUCGUGA